AUGGAUAAAUAUUUGAUCAAAAAAGACAAAUUGCUUGAUGGUUCCGACACUACUACGACUGACAAUGGUAUCAAAACCACAACGGGAAACACAACGGAUGCAGUACCAAGAUGCUCUGAAAAGACAGGAGUACCAGGUGACAUCGGAAAAGAAGACGUUCCAAAGCAACCGAGAAUAAAAUUUCCAGCGAAUUCUGGUCGCCAAUUUAGUAACAGCUGGCAAGAAACAGGGGGCUAUAUUGUACAAUGCCGAAAUAUAUCACCAGAAGCAGUUAGGAAAGCUUACGAUUUUUGUGCAACAUCUGAAAAUAUUAUUGUGAAAGCGGCAUUGGUUCUUCGAAAGCUCGUGAAAAGUAUAGAGAAAUCAGAAUUACCGGACGAUUCGACAAUAGAGACAUUGCAGAAAGGGGAGGCAAACCCCCAGACCAGAAUUAGUCAAUAUAAAUUCUUCCGUACACUUUUUGGAGGACCUAUCUACGAUAACCAUUCCACUAAAACUAUCAGAAGGGCAGGGUCAUCAAGCCAAGACGCUUUGUUCAUUGUUUCAAAUGGAACUAUAAAUCCAGCUAAACAUAUAAGUCUUGGUGGUGCUAUCAAGUCCCUGACAGGGACUAAGAAGAUGCUUACACUACUAAACAGAUUCGGACACUGCUCCAAUUAUAAUUUCAUAGAAGAAUUGGAAACUAUGGUUGGUGAAAAAAUCCAGAAUCAGAACACUUGUUUACCUGCUGAUUGCAAGAAAAAUGUACCUUUCGGUGUUGCUUUUGACAAUUUUGAUGAAUUGUGCGAGACGCUAUCAGGAUCAAAUACGUUGCAUGAUACUAUGGGUAUUAUGUAUCAGGCUGAGAGUAUCUCUUCUGAGUGCAUGAAUGUACCUGCAUCAACAAUUGGUAAAGGCUCAAACAGUAGGAAAAGAAAACUGGAUGUCACUGAAUUUAACCUGCAGCCUUACAGGAAAAAACCAAGAAUGACUAUUUUUGAAUACCAAUGUAGAGAUGUAUGGAAAUCCAUGGAUACCAAAAGGCGUAAAGGACAUCUGGAUUUCACAUGGAUGGUUUGCUAUGGUCUUAUGACAACAAAUAUUCCUUUGUGGGUUGGUUUCAAUUCUCAAUUCUACGUAGACGAGUUGCAGAAACAAAGGGUAAUGUACAUGAAGAAUUUGCAACAACCAAUAACUCAGCUUGAUGUAAUUCAACAUACACUAAAAAUUACUCAACAAUGUGCAGAAGAGAUUGGACAGAGCUAUGGCAUAGUAAGCUAUGACCUGAAUGCUGCAAAACCGGCCAUGCAAAUCCAGGCUACAGAAACGCCACUAUAUGACAAUAUUUUCAUCAUGCCCGGAGUGUUCCAUAUUGAAAUGGCUAUGUUUAAGGCUAUUGGCAAAGUUAUUGAUGGCUCAGGAGGUCCUGCUAUGCUCACAGAAUCUUUAGUAGUAUCAUCAGGUUCUUUGAAUGGCUUUUUAUCUGGUACACAUUUUAAUAGAUGUAAAAGACUUCAUCCGCUUUUAGCAGUAUCCCUAGAAACUUUGUUUUUUCAAAAGUGUUUGGAUCAAUACCCACAGGCUGAGGAUUUUCGAGACUUUAUAGCAAGCAUUGAUGGAAUGACCGGAUCAGAUAUUGUGGCCAAAUGUGAAGGCUUAUCUGAUUUACUCAACUCUGGCGUGUUUACAGUAAGAAGAACAGAUCAUAGUUUCAGCAGAAUUCUAACUUUGGAACAGUCAAUCAAUGCUAAUGCCGCUUCACGUCAAACUGGAUUGUCUCAUAUGACAAACAACUUUGGAGCUCGACAAAGAUGGGUGGUAACCAGGCCCUUUAGGGCUUUAAUGGUCAGUUCUAUUUUACAGAUGGCUGGAAUGUCUAAUCCCGAGAAUGCUUCAAAUGAACUAAAACCUACUCGAAUAAUGCGUGAUCACGAGGAUUAUUCUAAAAUUGUUAAACAAAUAAAAAAUUCUUGUGAUCCUUUUAUCUUACCAGAAGAUACAGAUGACUCUCUUAUUAACAUUAGUACUGGUAAAAGUGUGAAAUUAGAAAUAAAAAACAACCUGUUAACAAUAACAGAGAGAGGAGCAGAAUUGCAUAAGCAAUUCAUCGAAGAUUGUAUUGCUGAUCCAAACAGAUUUGAGAAACCUAUUAAAAGACAGAAACUUCUUACUUUCAGUGAUGGCUCCAUCAGGAAUACCAAAAGCACAAGUAACAAGGUAGCUAGUCUGAAAUGCACUCGGGAUUUGAUGGGGCAAUUGUUAUUGAUUGCUGUCAAUAGAAAAUUAGAUUUGGAAUACGUAUUGACAUAUCCACUGACUCCAGUACCAUUAUCCAUGUGCAACUAUGAUGGGACACUAGCAAAAACCGACAAAUCUACACUCUUCAGAGAAUUAGAGAAAAUGAUUAAUGGUGAAACUCUAACUACUCCUUCUCUUGACGCAUAUGUGAUUGACGGUAAUUUCUUGUUGCAUCUUUUACCCAAUAAAAUAUCGCCUACAUACGGAGGUCUGGCCUCUACCAUCUUGAUAAUGGCUACAUCAACCACUUCAAAAAGAGUUGAUCUCCUCUUUGACACCUAUAAAGAACCAUCAAUAAAAGAUUGUGAGAGGCAAAGAAGAGGGGCUGAAGAACAGGAAUUUGUAAUUACUAGUCCAGAUCAACUUCGUCCUCGUAAUUUGAGUGAUGCACUUAAAUCUACAUCAUUUAAAAAGAAUCUUCCAAGCUUUUUGAUUGAGGAAUGGAAGAAGUUACACUAUAGUACCAUCAUUAAAGAUUGCCAUCUAUAUAUCGGUCAUCUUAACCAAUGUCAUCAUUUUUUCGUUGAAAACCACGAAGUCCGUCAUGAGUGCAUUGCUACAAUGGAGUCAAAUCAUGAGGAAGCAGAUACAAUGAUAUGUUUUCAUGCCAAGGUUAUUGAUGAAACGGAACACCCAGGACACAUUGUGGAUGUGGCUGAUACUGCUUUUAUUACAUGUGAACCUUCUGCAGCAGAUGGUUGGUAUCUAAAAGACAGUCAUUACCAUAUAAAUUGGUUUGAUGGUUGUCAGAUGCCCGAAAGACUUAUCCCAGACGAUAUGGAUGAAACUGUGGAAUCAGAUGAUGAAUUAAUAUUAGCAGCAGGAUCUAGUGAUGAAAGUGAUGCGGAUGAAUAA